UUUAACUACACUGAAAGCAGCUGAUCAAAGUGUUCUUUGUUUUUCUUUUUGAUGUUCUGGGGAUUGAUUAUUUAUUUGUAUAAUAUCCACUUGAACUAAAUUAAAGAAAACCCAGUAAUCAUAGUAUCAGCUGAAGCAGAGAGAAAUGGAGAGCACGUUGAAGGAGAUGAGAGGUGGUGAAUCAGUACUUGACUUGUCCCCCAAAGCCACCGUCGGUGGCGGUGUUGAGGAUGUUUACGGUGAGGAUUUUGCCACCGAAGAACAACUUGUCACCCCUUGGACUUACUCUGUUGCAAGUGGAUAUUCAUUGUUGAGGGAUCCCCAUCAUAACAAAGGGCUUGCAUUCACCGAGAAAGAAAGGGAUUCUCAUUACUUGCUUGGGUUACUGCCGCCUGCUGUUGUCACUCAACAGCUUCAGGAGAAAAAAUUGAUGGAUAACCUCCGGAAAUAUGAAGUUCCACUGCAAAAAUAUAUGGCCAUGAUGGAACUUCAGGAAAGGAAUGAAAGACUGUUUUACAAGCUUUUGAUUGAUAAUGUUGAGGAGUUGCUCCCAAUUGUUUAUACCCCAACUGUAGGUGAAGCUUGCCAGAAGUAUGGAAGCAUCUUUAGGCGACCGCAGGGUCUUUAUAUAAGUUUGAAAGAGAAGGGAAAAGUUCUUGAUGUUUUGAAGAAUUGGCCUGAAAGGAAUAUUCAAGUUAUUGUUGUAACUGAUGGUGAGCGUAUUUUGGGACUUGGGGAUCUUGGCUGUCAGGGGAUGGGAAUUCCUGUUGGGAAAUUGUCUUUGUACACAGCACUCGGAGGGGUUCGUCCUUCAGCGGGUUUACCAGUGACCAUCGAUGUGGGCACAAAUAAUGAGCAGUUGUUGAAAGAUGAGUUCUACAUUGGACUUAGACAAAGGAGGGCAACCGCACAGGAAUACGCUGACUUGCUACACGAGUUCAUGAGUGCUGUCAAGCAGAACUAUGGGGAAAAAGUUCUUAUACAGUUUGAAGAUUUUGCAAAUCAUAAUGCUUUUACAUUGCUUGCGAAAUACGGCACAACCCACCUUGUCUUCAAUGAUGAUAUACAGGGGACGGCAUCCGUUGUUCUUGCUGGGGUUGUCGCUGCAUUGAAGUUGAUUGGUGGUACUCUAGCUGACCACAAAUUCUUGUUCCUUGGUGCCGGGGAAGCUGGGACUGGUAUAGCAGAGCUUAUAGCUCUCGAGAUGUCAAAGCAGACAAAAAUUCCUGUGGAAGAGACCCGUAAGAAAAUCUGGCUUGUGGACUCAAAGGGACUGAUUGUUAACUCUCGCAAAGAAUCACUUCAACACUUCAAGAAACCAUGGGCUCAUGACCAUGAACCUGUUAAGGAUCUAUUAGGUGCUGUCAAGGCUAUCAAGCCAACUGUUUUGAUUGGGUCAUCUGGAGUCGGAAGAACUUUUACGAAGGAAAUUAUCGAGACUGUAACCUCCUUCAAUGAGAAACCUCUUAUUAUGGCUCUCUCCAACCCGACCUCACAAUCUGAGUGCACUGCUGAAGAAGCUUAUACUUGGAGUCAGGGCCGUGCAAUUUUUGCUAGUGGAAGUCCAUUUGAUCCUUUCGAAUACAAUGGCAAAGUUUUUGUUCCUGGACAGGCCAACAAUGCUUACAUUUUCCCCGGAUUUGGUCUGGGUUUGGUCAUCUCCGGAGCAAUUCGUGUGCAUGACGACAUGCUUUUGGCUGCCUCGGAAGCCUUGGCUAAACAAGUAUCUGACGAAAACUACAAUAAGGGCCUUAUUUAUCCACCAUUCUCUAACAUUAGGAAAAUUUCAGCUAAUAUAGCUGCUAACGUUGCUGCCAAAGCAUAUGAACUCGGUGUGGCAACUCGUCUCCCCCGUCCUGCCAAUCUUGUGAAGUAUGCCGAGAGUUGCAUGUACUCGCCUGUCUACCGUAGUUACAGGUAGAUUUUCGUGCACCAUUUUCGUAUAUAAUAGCUUCAUCUUGAAGCUCAUGGGAUGCUGUAUAUGUUGUCUCUAAUAGACCAAAAAGUAUGACUUGGGUUGUGGAAUGUUUACUGUCACGAGUGUUUGAAAAUGUUGUAUUAUUAUGUUUUUGAAGCAGACUUGAGAGUGUUUCUAUGUUCAUGUUUUAUAAUUAAUUAAUAAUACUUCUAUCUACACAAAUUUACUUUUA